AUGCCUACCUUAUUUGGAUUGUUUGGCUUCAUUCUUCUGGUUAUUGAAACCCUCAUAGGAAUGGUGGGAAAUGGAUUUAUUGCUAUCAUUAAUUACAUUGACUGGUUUAGCAGCAGAAAAUUAUCCCCAGCUGACAUGAUCCUGAGUUGUCUUGGCUUGUUCAGAUUCGCAUUUCAUGCAAUUGGAAUACAGACUGCAAUUCUUCUCCUCUUUUUCAUAGAUACUUUUCAGAUGAGGAACAUAUAUAUUGCAUGCAGUGCCUCAUGGGCAUUUGUUAAUACUGCUAACCUUUGGUUUGCCGCUUGGCUCAGUGUCUUGUACUGUGUAAAGAUUGCAAACUUCUCCCACCCUCUCUUCCUCCAAAUGAAGCGGAGAUUCCCUGGGAUGGUGCCUUGGCUGCUUCUGGGGACAGUGGUCUUCUCCGCGAUCACCACCACCAUCAAGACAAUAAUGUUCUUUCCCUGCAUUAUAUUUUUCUCCUCGUCCAUUUUAUUGCUAACUUCUCUGUGGAGGCACAAAAAUCAUUUACGAAACAGCGUGAGGGAUGUCCGCACAGAAGUUCACCUGAAUGCCAUCAAAGCUCUGGCUUCUUUCUCCAUUCUCUACGUAUCUAGCUUUUUUGUGGAAAUAUUGGCAACGUUCUUCACUUGGAAUGGCAUGCAAGCCAUUGAGAUGAAUUUUUUGUUGCUUCAUGUGGUUGCUGCAUAUUCCUCUGGCCAUGCCAUUAUCUUGAUCUUCAUUAAUCCCAAACUGAAACAGGAAUCAGUCAAGAUGCUACAUCAACUAAAAUGCUGA